UUUUGGAUUUCUCAAUAAUUUCUUCUCAUCUCUGGCAGGUUUCCAUCUGUUUGAAAAACUACCAUCAGUAGUCCCUGAAAGCUGCCUAUUGAUCUUUGUUGGCCUCAUCAUGGGAGGUAUUAUCUUUGGCUUAAAUGACAAGUCAUCUCCAGUUAUGAAUAGUGAUAUCUUCUUCCUCUACCUCCUGCCACCCAUUGUCCUGGAUGCAGGCUAUUUCAUGCCAAGUCGCCCAUUUUUUGAGAAUAUUGGAACAAUCCUCUUGUAUGCUGUGGUGGGAACAAUCUGGAACGUCUUUGGCAUUGGAUUCUCCCUCUAUGGGAUAUGUCAGGUGGAUGCCUUCCAGCUGAGUGAUAUCUCCUUGCUUCAUAAUCUCUUAUUCAGUAGCUUGAUUGCAGCUGUUGACCCCAUUGCUGUCCUCUCAGUCUUUGAGGAGAUCCAUGUCAAUGAAAAGCUUCACAUUUUGGUAUUUGGGGAAUCUCUCCUCAAUGAUGCUGUGACAGUUGUGCUUUACAAGCUGUUCCGGUCCUUCUGUGAAAUGCCAACAAUCAGAGCUGCAGAUGUGUUUGUGGGCAUCGGGAAGUUUUUUAUGGUUGGCAUCGGUGGGCUCUUGGUAGGCCUUCUGUAUGCUGUGACUGCAGCCUUCACCACUCGUUUUACUAAAAAUAUCUUAGUGAUUGAACCCCUGUUCGUCUUCCUCUACAGUUACUUAUCCUAUCUCACUGCAGAAAUGUUCCAUCUCUCUGGCAUUGUGGCAAUAAUUUCUUGUGCCUUGGGCAUGAAGCGUUAUGUGGAAGCCAACAUCUCUCUCAAGUCCCACACAACUAUUAAAUACUUCAUGAAGAUGUGGAGCAGUGUUAGCGACACCCUCAUCUUUAUCUUCCUUGGUGUCUCCACCAUUGGGGACAAUCAUGAGUGGAGUUGGUCAUACAUUAGCUUCACACUUAUUUUCUGUCUCCUUUGGAGAGCACUGGGUGUUCUGGUGCUGACUUUCCUCAUCAACAGGUUGCACAUCAACACUGUCACGCCCAAGGACCAGUUCAUUAUUGCAUAUGGUGGCCUUAGAGGGGCCAUCUGUUUCUCCCUGGUGGUUUUGCUCCCUGACUUCCAGCGGAAGAAGCUUUUCAUUGCGGCAACCACAGUUGUUAUCCUCUUUACUGUCUUUGUGCAGGGGAUGACCAUCCGCCCCCUUGUUGACUUGCUACAUGUCACUCGAAAACAAGAAAAUGGUCCCACUGUGGGAGAACAAAUUCACAUCCGGUUCCUGGAUCAUUUGUUGGCUGGUAUUGAAGAUAUAGCGGGACACUGGGGACAGUAUUAUUGGAAAGACAAGUAA